CCAUUUAUUUUUAUUUUGGGUUAGUUGGAUGAUGAACCCCAAAAACAUAGAGAAAAUAAGAGGCCUUUUAUUAACUUUCUCUGUGCCCAGAAAUCUAAAGAGAUUCUAGGGUAUAUCACCCCAGGAGGAUCUAUUAAAAUGUACUUUCAUCUUAAUUCUACUGUCCAACUAUUUUAUCUUUUAAACCUGUUUAUCCUCUCCCUGUCGGACUGUGGUUGCAACCUAAACAGAGCAGGGGAAUGCAGUACCCAGGAAAAUGCAAUUAAACCCAACAAUAAAUAUUCAAAGGAACUAAAUUCAGACUUACCAAACCAACCGAAACCUAACCGCUAUAACAUGAAAUUAAUCAGGAAGGGCACAUUUGAAAUGGGUACCAAUAAACCCAUUUUUAAAUCGGAUUUCGAAGGACCCUCUCGCAAUGUCACCAUCGAACAAGAUUUUUAUUUGGACACUUACGAGGUUUCCAACCGAGACUUUUAUGACUUCGUUAGGGAAACAGGUUACAAAACCGAAGCGGAAACAUUUGGGGAUAGUUUCGUAUUUGAAAUGGCCUUGUCCGAGGGUCAGAGGGACUUGUAUCAGGAUGUAAGAGCUAGACAGGCCCCUUGGUGGAUAAAAUUGAAGGGAGUCACAUGGAAACAUCCGGAAGGGCCAGAUUCUACUAUUGAAGAUAGAAUGACGCAUCCAGUGACCCACGUGUCCUGGAACGAUGCAGUGGCAUAUUGUCAGCAUUUUGGCAAAAGAUUACCAACAGAAUCGGAGUGGGAAAUGGCAUGCCGCGGUGGCCUAAAACAAAAAUUGUACCCUUGGGGUAACAAAUUAAAUCCCAAAGGCCAACAUUGGGCCAACAUAUGGCAAGGGGAUUUUCCGAAAGGGAAUACGGCCGAAGAUGGAUUUUUGUUCACAUGUCCAGUGGACGAGUUUCCUCCCAAUAAAUUCGGACUGCAUAAUAUGGCCGGGAAUGUUUGGGAAUGGGUACAGGAUGGUUGGCAGACAGAUCCAGAGAACUCUAAGGUAAAAAAAGGAGGAUCUUUCUUGUGUCACGAAUCGUAUUGUUGGAGGUAUCGGUGUGCAGCGCGAUCUACAAACACCAAAGACAGUUCGGCAGGGAAUUUGGGGUUCAGAUGUGCAGCAGAUGCCGGAUAGCGAAAUUUUUUACCUAGGAAUCAAAUAUUUACGAAUUAAAAUGUUUUAAUGUUUUUUUAAAUAUGUAUUGUUUUGUAUUUUUCUUUUUACAUAAACAUAGAAAUACGUUCUCAA